AUGGCUACUCACGAUAUACGCCACAAGGAGGACGAGAAGGAUGAGGUGGCUUAUCAGGACGAGAAUGUUGAUGUGGCUAAACAGCCUGUUCAAAAUGCUCAAAUUACCGUCGAUUCCGCUAUGACAGCGAAGGUACUGUUGAAGCUAGAUGUCAGAAUUCUGCCAGUACUCGCGCUUCUGUUCCUCUGCUCGUUCCUUGAUCGUACAAAUGUCGGAAACGCGAAAACCUACAAGCUUGAACAUGAUCUGGGGAUGUCAGACCAUCAAUACGAUACGGGACUCACAGUGUUCUAUGCUACAUAUAUCGCUAGUGAAAUCCCAAGUAAUCUUGUUCUCAAGAGGGUAUCGCCUAGAGUCUGGCUGCCGGCUUUGACGACGAUGUGGGGAAUCGUUACAAUGUGUUUAGGGUUCGUGAAGAACUAUCAUGAGUUCGUGGCCGUGAGAGCUAUCUUGGGUAUAUGUGAGGGCGGACUGUUGCCAGGCAUGGUCUUGUAUCUUUCAGGGAUGUAUACUAGAGGAGAGAUGGCUUUGAGACUUGGUCUUUUCUACACAGCAGCUUCACUCAGUGGUGCUUUUGGAGGAUUGCUCGCUCGUGGACUCACAACCAUUGGCGCACGUCAUGGUUUGCACAGUUGGAGUUGGAUCUUUAUCAUUGAGGGACUUCUGACGGUGGCCGUUGGCUUUAUGUCGUACUUCAUCCUUCCUAAUAGCGUCGAAACAGCUUCAUUCCUGAAAGAAGACGAACGUAUUUUCGCUAGCACCAGACUCCACCAAGAUCUACCCUCUCGUCUGGGCCAAGAUGGAAGGGAACAUGAACAUGAAAGGUUUCAAUGGUCCGAAGUCCGUCGAGGAGUCCUUAACGUGUCGACCUGGCUCAGCGCACUCGCGUACUUCGGUAUCCUCGCUGGCCUCUACUCAUUCGGUCUCUUCCUCCCUACCAUUAUCGUCGAGCUCGGAUACACCGCUAACGAAGCUCAACUCUGGUCUGUUAUCCCUUACGCCGUCGCGUCCGUAAUCACGGUUAUCGUCGCUAUAGUUUCCGAUCGAAUGAAACUCCGAGGAACCAUCAUGCUCUUUGUCCUAAUUCCCGCUAUUAUCGGGUACGCGGUAAUUGCGAAUAUCAGCGCGGCCCAUCCUAAGGUCAAAUAUGGGAUGACGUUUAUGAUGGCUACAGGGAUGUACGCGAGUGUUCCUUGUGUGCUUGUUUGGAAUUCCAAUAAUUGUGCAGGACAUUACAAGAGGGCUACGACGACUGCUUUGCAACUGAUGAUUGCGAAUAGCGGUGGCUUUGUUGCGACUUUUAUCUACCCUAGUAAAGACAAGCCGCAGUUUCACAAGGGACAUACGGUGGUUCUUUCGUUGCUGGUCGCUGCUUGGUUUCUUGUUUUGUUUAAUGUGUUGUAUUGCAGAAAGGUCAAUCAGGAUAAGCGAGCAGGGAAGUACGACAAAUUCAUUGGUUCUGGGGAUGAUAGAGAUCCAGAUUUCCUCAUGGUUCUGUGA